AGAAACCCAGGACCGAACCAUCGAUUUUCCUCUCACCUCACUCGCUUUCUGAUCCCGCACGAUUGACCUCUGGCAGGAACGUAGAUCGCGAGAUUCACAUUGGAAAAGAGCACGACGCUGCUGAGACGGAUAGCGCGAACACUCCUUGGACCCCGCUAACACUCGGUCGCACCUCUCUACACACACGCGCGGAGGCGUGGGAAUAUGUUCAUCUUCGCCAGAAUCAUUUAGCGAGACUCGGAAUACUGCAAUCUUGACAGCGGAGAUCUCGGAUCAUGGAAUCAACACCCGAUAUUGAUGGCGUAUUCUAUCGUCGACUGAAUCCCCAAUGGAAUCCCAUCCUGAUCGUGGCAUCGAUUGCCAUUUCAUUCUUGGGGGCGUUCACUUCGACACAACUCAUGUGCCAUGCCAGAAUGUCACUCCGAUUCCACAGCGUCUUCCUGUGGUGUUUGUUUGGGUCAUUCGUGUUUGGAGGAUGUUCUGUGUGGUGUCUCCAUGAGGUGGCUAUGCUGGCUUGCGAGUUCGAUGUCAAGAUGGGAGUCAACACGCCACUCACUGUGUUAAGUGCCUUUCUUCCAGUCUUCUUCACAUUUCUGGCAUUGGGAUCUGAACUACUUUGGGAUCGCUGGCACAAUGGUCGAGGAAGGAAAAAGCGCAAGUCCAAGAAAUCACGACAGAAAACUACUACCCUCAGUCCUAUGGGUAAACACAGGAUGACUAUGCAGCCUACUUUGCCACUUCAUCCGGUAGCGGAGGAGGACGAGGAGGAAGAGCUUCAGAGAGAAGAUUACCAGGAUGAGGAGAUUGCGCCUGACCAACCACUACUACCACGGUCUUACCAAUCGCCAGCUCGCCACUCCGACACUGCAAGCUGGGGCGGAAGACGAAUGGACUUCAGCAGACCAUCACAGGAUGGAAGUGUAGCAUCUUUUGACCAAAGUCUACUACCGCCGUCUCCAGGAGUUGGCAUGUCACCAAAAGUCAUGCCCCGAGAUAGUGUUCGUCCUGUCGUCGUCAGGAGCGCUUCUGGAAGGAGUCUUCAUAGUCUGAGGCUGGUCACGACGCAAAGUCUUCGUGAUGACGCAUCGACCGGGUUUCGCGACGAUGCGUCUACGAUCAGCUCUGGAUCCGCCGGUCAAUCAUCUAGUGAUGUGUCUGUCCUUCGUCGAGAGUCGUCUGCUGGAUCGAGCACAAGUCUCGGUCUCAGCAGUGCUAUGGGUCUUGCGUAUCGAAGAGCCCCUGCCUCGACUGUAAAUGCGUUUGUGGCGACGGCAAAAAUUCUAUACCAUGGCAUGACUCCAAGAAACAUCAUCAAAGGAUUCCUAUGGUCGAUUGCGAUAACCAGUAUGCAUUACUCAGGAAUAUACGGACUGGUAAUCCCUCAAGGGAAGAUCAUUCUCAACCCUUGGAUCGUUCUAGCUUCAGCCCUUAUAUCCUGGGUAGUGUGCAUAGUUGGUUGUAUAUGCAUGGCUGAGAUGGAAGCUAGGCUUUCCCAACAACUACUCUUCUCGGUUGUGGCAACUACUGGAGUUGCUGCUAUGCAUUUCACCGGCAUGCGAGCAGCUACUUUCUGGUCUGCAGCUCCUCCAUCGGACGUAAGAGGAUACCCGCCUGUGAUAGCUGCAGCAGUAGUCUUAAUCGCUUUCACUACUUGCAUCGCUGCCAACGGAUUGCUAGCUCAUUCUGCGACAGUAUCACGCAACAAGCUAGCCGAGAUCAUCUGGACACGAAGAGAGUUGUGGCGGACAAUUGCUCAGAAGGAAAAUGCAGAAGCAGCUGCUCUGGCAAGGAGUGAAUUUAUUGCAGCCGCAUCGCAUGAGAUCAGAACACCACUUCACCAUUUGCAAGGAUAUAGCGAUCUUCUGUCACAGACACCAUUGACGGAGGAAGGCCGAGCUCAUUUGGCUGCUAUACAAAGAGCCACCAAAACCUUGUCACUGAUCACAAAUAACGUGCUGGACUGGUCAAAGCUGGAGAAGGAUGCCAAAGCGGUUUGCAAGCCCGUGUCAUUGGAUAUCCGAACAGUCUGUGAGUCGAUCAUCAUCCUGCUUCCGAACAAGGAUGAUGAAGCAGAUGUCGAACUCUGCGUUGUGGUCUCUCCAGAUGUUCCGACGUCUGUCUUUCUGGAUGAGACAUACAUCCACCGUAUCUUGAUGAACUUGCUGUCGAACGCCUGCAAAUUCACUCGAUCAGGAUACAUCAUCCUCUCUAUCGAGGUCAAUGGAGACCAACUAGUGGCUAGUGUCAAGGAUACAGGCAUUGGUCUCGACCCGACCUUCAUCCCUGAAAUGUUCGAGCCUUACAAACAAGGCGAGCAGAAAGGAAAUCAACGAGGCACAGGUUUAGGCCUCAGCAUCAUAAAACAACUCAUCCAAGCCAUGAGUGGCACCAUAACCGUCGACUCCAAAUUCGCCUACUCGCAAGACGUGGGGCCAGACCAAAGCGGUAGCACAUUUACAGUAACAGUACCACUUCAACCAUCUUCUCUACCACCACAGUCUUCGGAAGGUCCAGCAGACAGACACGUAGCCAUUCUGUCCGAGACGGACAACAGAGCACUCCAAGGCAUCAAAGCCUCGUGGGAGAAGUUCAAUCACGAAGUCACCAUCGCGACAAAUAUUUCCGAACUCCCUGAGCGCGAGUGGAAGUACGUUUGGGCGGAUAUGCCUUACCUGCUAGCCAACAAGGACCAAUUCCGCCGGCUCUUAAAGCAGCAGAAUUGGUUAGUGCUAGUCCCCUACGAUACACAGCGCUCCCUCGACAAUCUCCCCGGCAUCGUAUCAGCGCCCAACUUCGUCCUGCUCCCCAAGCCAUUGAUCUGGCACUCCUUCGCCACAAGAGUAGACGCAGCAAACCGCCGCAGCCGUAGCGCCGCCGUAUCACGCACCCUCCGCUUCGCCCCAGUAGUAGAAGUAAUGACCGACAUCGCACCCGCGGAACUCCAACAAAUCACCGAGCAACAAGAUCGUCAAGACCAGCAAAAUCAAGUCUCUUCCUCCCCCGAACACACAGGCGUAUCAUCCCCACCGCUGGCAAAACCACAACCGCAAACUGUGUUGUUGGUGGAAGAUAACCCCAUCAAUGCGAAAUUGUUCCAGAAAAUGCUGGUGAGCUUGAAACACACUGUCAUUCUCGCUCCCGAUGGUGUUGCUGCUGUGGAGAAAACACUUUUGCAUGAUGCGGAGAUUGAUAUUAUAUUCAUGGAUCAAUCCAUGCCCCGUAAAGAUGGCAUAACAGCCACCACUGAAAUCCGCGCCCUCGAAGCCUCCAACAAGCUCAAACGUAAACACAUCAUUGUUGCAUUAACAGCGGUCGUGAAUACAGAGUCCAGAGCUAGAUUCAAAGAAGCCGGCGCCGAUGAUUUCUUGGCCAAGCCUUUGAGUCUAGGAGGACUAAGGGAUGCUCUUGCUGUACAUUGUGGAUGUUAAGAAUAGGAAAUAUCAAGGAUAUAAGGGAGAAAGGGGGAUGUUUGUAUGAAGGAAUUAGGGCGAGGAGAGCAUUUGCAUGAGGGUAGGUGAAAGGAGGAUGGGAGGAAUUGUAUCAAUCAUGUAUGAAUAUCUGUUUGUGUGUUUCUGCUCGACACUGGACAGAUAUAUAUCUGUAUAUACGUGCUUCGAGCACUGUAAUCAUGGGUGUUGUUCAGACGACUGACUUUUGGAUUGAUGUAUUCUCGUUUGUCAAUAUUACUGUAGCUAGUCUC